GAAAAUGAGAGGUUCAGCAACAGGAAAACCGCUCUGAGAACACAUUCCAGGCAGAGCGGACCCUGUGCGGGACAAUACAGGGUGGGACUAAACGCUGUAUACUGCUGAAACAUCUGUAAUCUAGCCUUUAGAUCGAGACCGGAGACAACGACUAAAAGCGUUUCUCACCGAGGUCCUGCAGAGACACUUCCACUCCGAGGUCUUUAAAGGCGGAAGCCGUCUGCUUCCAAAGCGACGACGUUAAUCAGCGCAGAUUUGGAUUUGAGAUAGCUGGCUCGCGGGUCCCUAACAGCGCCUUUUAUCGCUGCUUUCCACAAGUACAGGCAGCACCGUUUCUUCUUCUUUUUAGGGUUGAACAAGUGGGGCUGUUUUUUUUUUAUUUUACUUUUGAAACACUAAGGAAAAAACUUCGGGCGAACUCUCCCGCCCCCCCCCCCCCCCCCAGAGGAUGUGAACAUCUGCAAUUGACCCGCUGAGACGAAGUACAGACGAAGUACAACGAUUCACUUCCACUCGGAGCCGUUCGUGUCUUAAACGCGUCUUCCACGUUCGACUUGAAGUACCUUGUACCACUAAACUCCCACGGAGGGAGGGAAACUUCCAGCUAGCUGUGACAUGGGAGACGCGGGACGUUUAUUGGUUCUGUCCGCUUAAAGAGAGUAAACCACAGAGAUGGGAAGCCCUGCGCUGCUCACAGGGGUGCUUGUGGUGGCGUGUCUGGGGAUCUCUGCUGUCUAUGCAGACUCUGGAGACGAUGGGAAGCUGCUGUGCACAUGUGAGAAUAAAAAAGGCACGUGCGUGAACGGAACUUGCAGAGGCGACUUCUGCUUCUACACCUGGGUGCGCGGCCACGAGGAGAGGGGCUGUUUUUCCUCAUCCAAUUACAGAGAGCAGUGCUACACCUCCUUCAAGAGCUUCUUCGUCCAUUGCUGCAAAGAGAAUCAGUGCAACGCCUUCACCACACCUCCUCCAGACAUAAAUGGAGAGCCGACAAAGGCUCCAGAGCUCAGCCACCCAGAGCUGUGGAUGGCGUUGUCUUUGCUGCUGUUGAUCUUCACUGCCAGCCUGUGUGGCCUGGCGCUUUUCCUGCGCUUCCGACGCUCACAUAGAAAACUGACGAACGUCGAGGAGCGCGACGUCACCAUGCUCAAGGUCCCUAACAGAGACGAGCCCACCUACGGCGAAAUCUUCGAUGAGUUUUGCACGUCGGGGAGUGGGACAGGGCUGCCCUAUCUGGUCCAAAGGACUAUGGCCAGACAGAUCUCACUUGUCCAGUGUGUCGGUAAAGGCAGGUAUGGGGAGGUGUGGAGGGGAACUUGGAUGGGGGAGAGUGUGGCCGUCAAGAUAUUUUCCUCCAGGGACGAGCAGUCCUGGUUCAGAGAGACAGAGAUCUACAAUACUGUACAGCUGCGACACGACAACAUACUGGGUUUCAUAGCCUCCGACAUGACAUCCAAGAAUUCCAGCACCCAGCUGUGGCUUGUCACCCACUUUCAUGAGCUGGGUUCCCUCUACGACUUCCUGCAGUACAGCAGCUUGGAGCCCGAGAGCUGCCUGAAGAUGUGCGUGUCCGUGGCCUGCGGGCUGGUCCACCUUCACACUGAGAUCGUUAGCUCCCAGGAAAAGCCGGCCAUCGCCCACCGAGAUCUGAAAAGCAGAAACAUCCUCGUCAAGCGGAACGGGCAGUGCUGCAUCGCUGACCUGGGUCUGGCUGUGAUACACUCCCAGUCACAUGACUACCUGGAUGUGGGCAACAAUCCUCGUGUGGGGACCAAGCGCUACAUGGCUCCUGAGGUGCUGGAUGAGACUAUCCGUAUGGACGUCUUUGAGUCCUACAAGCAGACUGACAUCUGGGCCUUGGGCCUGGUCUUCUGGGAGAUUAUCCGCAGGACCGUCGUUAAUGGGAUCGUUGAAGAGUACCGCCCUCCCUUCUUUGACCUGGUGCCCGUAGAUCCAAGCUUUGAGGAGAUGAAGAAGGUGGUGUGUGUGGACCAGCAGAGGCCCAGUAUCCACAACAGGCUCCAUUCUCAUCCUAUUCUUUCAGCCAUUGUGAAAACCAUGAAGGAGUGUUGGUACGAGAGCCCACCAGCCCGCCUCACUGCCUUGCGGGUGAGGAAGACGCUCUCCAAAUUGGACCACGAGAGUGACUUCAACCUCGACAAACUCAAGCAGGACAUCUAGGCCAAAGCACCGGGAGGAGACGGGGACAAAAGACUGAAAACGCCAAAAGGGAUUAUGCACUAAAAGCACAGCAAAGUGCUUUCAUUAGCAUAUCAUUAGCAUGUUUUGAGCUGGGGACUCUCGCAGUCACUGCGUUGUAUGAAAACCACAUGACUUUGAGCAAUAGCAUCGAGACUGGCUCCCAAGGAUACUUUUUUUGGGUGGCCUUGUUUUUAUCGGCCAAAUAUCUUUUGCCUCAGACCGAAAGGCCCCAAAGACCUUUAAAAAAACCCAAAUGUAUGUAUAUUUAUAUUAUUUCUUAUGUUCAGUGAAAGGACAUUUCCAAAGCAGGAUAAUUAACACCAAACUAUUCAUGGGCUGUUCUACACACACAGGAUUUUACUCAUUGUUGUCCAAAACCCUAUUGGCCAUGAUGCAAUGGCACAAUUACAUCAUUUAAUAGAGAAGAGGAAGAGAACAUCAUCGCGGACUUUCUCUGAAAUUGCACAAUGAGUAUUCCCAAAGUUAUAAAAGACAUGGAGGUCUGGCCAGGGAGGUUGCCAUGAAAAGAGAAGCACAUUAUCUGUUGCAUCAGCAUAUUUAACUUGUAUAAAAUAAACAUUUAUUAUCUGCACACAGGCACAUUGAGCUUUUUAAAUGUAAAUAUUCUGAUGCUGUUGUCUUAUUUGAUUUUAUUGUAAAUAUAUUUUGAAAUGACUAUUAUUGUGUACAAUCAGAAAAUUAGACACAUUUUAUAUAGUUCACCAACAUUUUCAUGGUAUUUUUUAUACAUUUGUGUAGGCCAAUAAUGUACCCUCACUAUUACCAUGGUCAGCAAAGGACCUCACAGACAUUUUACACUGAGGUUAGCAACUCUCUCAUUGACCAGUAGAGGUCAACAGAUAACAGACAAACAAAUGUCGAGUACAGUCACGCUCUUAUUUUGGUGGAUUUACUGCUUUGCUUUUUCAUACUUUUUUAAACAAACAAUAUUAGAUCACAGCACUAAAUAAUAAUUAAGAGUUUUCAAUGCCAGGGGAUUAUUUUAUUCUGCUUAUAUAUAUUAUCAUGUUUGAACAGCCGUAAUAGCCUGUGUGUCCUUCCAUGAAAUGUCAUUAAGAUAAGAUAAAGAGACCAUCGUUAAUCUUAGUCACGCGAGCCUAAAUACAGGGAUGCUUCACCAGAACAUAUAAUUAUAUUCAUGUAAGGCAAGCCUGACUGAAUGGGACUUCAUGAAUAAACUUUUAAUAACAUUUUA